AUUUACAAAGCUCGAGGGAAAUGCCCAAAGAACACAGAGAAGAGUACGAAGGAAUCGCAGAGGAAGAAAGCAUGAUCCUUGCCGUGUUGUUCGCCAAUUCCGUAGGGAACGUUUUGAUCGAAAGGUUCAAUGGAGUGCCAGCUGAGGAACGGCUCACCUGGCGUUCUUUCUUGGUUAAGUUGGGAGCAGAGAAUCUCAAAGGUGUUAAGAACGAGGAGCUUCUCGUCGCUUGCCACAAGUCGGUUUAUAUCGUGUACACAAUGCUAGGGGAUGUUAGCAUCUUCCUCGUUGGUAAAGACGAGUACGAUGAACUUGCUUUAGCAGAAGCCAUCUUUAUCAUAACAGGGGCUGUGAAAGACAUAUGCGGGAAACCUCCUACAGAGCGAGUGUUUUUGGACAAAUACGGAAGGAUUUGUUUGUGUCUUGAUGAGAUCGUUUGGAACGGACUUCUGGAGAACACCGACAAAGACAGGAUCAAGCGUCUCAUUAGAUUGAAACCUCCUUCUGAGUUUUGAUUUUACUCCAAGUUCAACCAGUCACACCUUACAAUGUGUUUUUUUUUUCACACUAUCAAUUGAGUGUCAGUUGUUGGAUCACUUCUCUCUAUCAAAUAUUAUACUGUUAACUACUGCUGUUCUUCGACCAGACAUGAAGGGUUCAGUGUGGUGAUGGUUAUUGAAUCUUAACUUAAAGGUUCCUCCUAA